ACUUCUCUCUUUUCCGUUUGCGCAGUCUGACAGUACGGACACGUGAAAUUUUUUCGCUUGCUAGAAAAAUCCCAAAUUCUACUCAAAUAAAAUGGAUAAACCAGUUGUUUUGGCUCGUGUCAUCAAAGUUUUGGGUCGUACAGGAUCCCAAGGACAAUGUACACAGGUGAAAGUUGAAUUCAUCGGAGAACAAAAUCGUCAAAUUAUCCGCAACGUCAAGGGCCCAGUCCGUGAAGGCGAUAUUCUCACCUUGUUGGAAUCUGAACGUGAAGCCAGACGUCUUCGAUAGAUUGCCACACACACACGGUCUACAAAAUUAUUGUUUUCUAAGACAACAAAGGAAAAAUGUUUUUCAUCAAUUAACAACAACAACAAAAAUCAUUGGCCGCAAUAUGUCAUCGUUUGCACCCAGUCGAAGUACAUUUCACGAGCUAUUGUAAAUGGAAUCGUGCUUUGAAUAAAAGUUAUUCACCAUUUUGAUGGAAAAACAGUGAAA